AUGACUUCAACUUCAGACCAAACUCAAUCCAGCCAACCUACUCAUACUACUCAAGAACUCAUCUCACUCGAACAAACUUAUGGAGCUCACAAUUAUCAUCCACUUCCCAUAGUCUUUUCAAGAGCAGCCGGAUGUAAAGUAUGGGAUCCAGAAGGAAAUGAUUACAUUGAUUGUUUAAGCGCUUAUUCUGCAGUAAACCAAGGACAUUGUCAUCCUAAAAUCAUUCAAGCACUUAUCCAUCAAGCUCAAACUUUAACUUUAGCUUCAAGAGCGUUUUAUAAUUCUAAUUUAGGUUUGUUUUCUCAAAAGAUUUCUAAUACGUUUGGUUAUGAAUCUAUGUUACCUGUGAAUACGGGAGUUGAAGCUGUUGAAACUGCCUUGAAAUUGGCUAGGAAAUGGGCUUAUAUGAAAAAGGGUGUACCACCUGGAAAAGCGAUCAUCAUCAGUGCUGAUGGUAAUUUUCAUGGAAGAACGUUGGGUGUGAUUGGAAUGAGUACGGAUCCAGUAGCUCUAGAGGGUUUUGGACCUUUUCUUGAAUCCAUUGGAUCUCGUUGUCCACGCUCGAGUGGGGAUGACAAUCGUUUGGUUCGAUACAAUGUUCUAAGUGAUCUUGAAGCUGCACUAAACGCACAUGGUCCUCAUACAGCGGCUGUUUUACUCGAACCGAUCCAAGGAGAAGCAGGUGUAUUUGUACCAGAUGAUGAUUACCUUCUUAAAGUACAAAAACUUUGUCGUGAUCAUAAUGUGUUAUUGAUUAUUGAUGAAGUACAAACUGGAUUAGGAAGAACCGGAAAACUACUUUGUCAGCACCAUCAUCAAGGUUUAAGAGCUGAUAUAGUCACCUUGGGAAAAGCUUUAUCAGGUGGAGUGUAUCCAGUUUCAGCUAUCUUAGCGGAUCGAAAGAUUAUGGAUGUCAUUCGCCCUGGUGAACAUGGUUCUACUUUUGGUGGAAAUCCUUUGGCUUGUGCUGUUGCUACGGCUGCUAUUGAUGUUUUGAUUGAUGAAAAGAUGAUGGAAAGAGCUGAAGAGAUGGGAAACCUUUUGAGAUCUGGAUUAGAGAAACUUAAAACGAUCGGAAUAGAUGGAAAAGAAUGUCAACCUGGUAAAGGUUGGAUCAGAAUCGUAAGAGGAAAAGGAUUGUUAAAUGCGAUUGUGAUUAAUGGAACUGAAUCUAAAAAGAAAAGAGGAGCAUGGGAAUUAUGUUUGUUAAUGAAAUCUAAAGGAGUCUUGGCUAAACCUACUCAUGGUGAUAUUGUUAGACUUGCACCUCCUUUGGUUAUUAGUCAAGAAGAAAUUCAAAUUGUGGUCAAUGUGAUUGGUGAUUGUUUGAAAGAAUUGGAUUUGGUUGAAACUAUUCCAAGUUUAGAAAUUGAUCAUUGAUGAUUCAAGUAGUUUGAAUCGAUUUUAGUUUGCAUUGGUCUUGAUAUCCUUUAUCAUUUCAUAAGAACAUUCAAAUCGUUUUUUUUUGCUUCAUUGCUUUUUCAUGUUGUUUUGAUUGAAGUUUAUGAUUUCGUCUUCAUCGUUGUUAUUUGAUCAUUAGAGACACAAAUUGAUAAGUAGGCUAUCUGUUAGACAUCUUAUUCUAGUUUGUUAUCUUUUUUUGGACUCUUUUCUAGAACAAGAUUUGGUUAAAUAUGUAAUGCAAGAUAGAGAUACUUGAUAAUGUAUCCACC